AGAAAUUAUUAAUGUCAGAUAUUUUAUUCUGUUGUACCACGUCAUUAUUAUCUGUGAUAAAAAAUAUUACAUUAAUGAAGGUCUUAAUGUCCUCUAUUAGAUAAUUCAAUUAGUUUUUUAGUGCUUUCCCAGUGACAAGAGGUAUUAUUAAACAUGAACUCUUUAGUAGUUUUAAUCGUCUGUUUGACGAUUGGAUUUCUGUCAAAUAAUGUGCAAAGUGCUGCUGUUAUGUCUGUUGACUUGGGGAAUGAAUGGAUGAAGGUUGGAGUGUUUCACCAGGUGUGCCCAUGGAAAUUGUUUUAAAUAAAGAAUCUAAGCGAAAGACAUCAGCAGUUGUAGCUUUUAGGGACGGUAUUCGGUCGUUUGGAGAAGAUGCUCAAACAAUAGGUGUACGGUUUCCUGCACAAAGUUAUGCUUACCUGUUAGAUUUACUUGGAAAGAGUAUAGACCAUCCAGUUGUUAAGCUUUAUCAGAAAAGAUUUCCUUAUUAUAAAAUAGAAGCAGAUCCAGUGAGAAAUACAGUAGUGUUUAGACAUGAUGAUGACACAACAUAUAGUGUUGAAGAACUAGUUGCUCAAUUAUUGUCAAAGGCUCGUGAAAUGGCUCAAAUUUCUACUGGACAGAUCAUAACAGAAUGUGUCUUAACAGUUCCUGGUUAUUUUGGUCAGGCAGAAAGACUAGCAUUGUUACAAGCUACCAGCCUAGCAGAGCUUAAACCAUUGCAGUUAAUAAAUGAUUAUUCUGCAGUUGCUUUGAACUAUGGAAUAUUUAGAAGAAAGGAAAUUAAUGAAACUUCUCAUUACAUAAUGUUUUAUGAUAUGGGGGCUCACAAAACAACAGCAACUAUUGUUGAAUACAAAAUUGUGAAGACUAAAGACAGAGGAUAUGUUGAAACCAAUCCACAAUUGCAAGUUAUUGGAGUUGGAUAUGAUAGAACUUUAGGAGGUUUAGAAAUGACCUUACGUCUUCAAAACUAUCUUGCAAAGGAAUUCAAUGCCCAGAAGAAAACAUCAAGCGACAUCACUAAAAAUGCAAGAGCUAUGGCUAAAUUAUUUAAAGAAGCUAAUCGAGUAAAAACAGUAUUAUCAGCUAACAAUGAUCAUUUCGCACAAGUAGAAGGUUUAAUAGAUGAGAAAGAUUAUAGAUUGCAGAUUACAAGAGCAACUUUUGAAGACUUGUGUAAAGACUUGUUUGAUAGAGUUACCAAACCAAUAGACAUGGCCUUAAGUAAAGCUGGACUUUCUAUGGAUAUUAUGUCUCAGUUUAUCUUAGUUGGUGCUGGAACUCGUGUUCCUAAAGUGCAGGAAGUGUUGCAUAAAAAGAUUUCUAUGGAACUUUCCAAAAAUAUCAAUGCUGACGAAGCUGCUACAUUAGGAGCCGCAUAUCGAGCUGCUGAUCUGUCUAAAGGUUUCAAGGUAAAGCAGUUCCAUGUGCGGGAUGCUGUUCUAUUCCCUAUCCAGGUGACAUUUGAGAGAGCAAGCACCGAAGGCGAUGAGCCAACCGACAAUCAAUCUACAAAGUUAUCAAAACGCACAUUAUUCGGUUCAAUGAACCCCUAUCCCCAGAAAAAAGUUAUUACUUUCAACAAACAUCAGCGCGAUUUUGAUUUCCAAGUAAAGUAUUCUUCUGCAAGUGCAAAUCAGGAAGAAAGCACCUCAAAUGAUUUCAGUGAUAUUGAUCUUAACGGAGAAAUUAUCAGUGAAGUGAAGCUUAAUGGUGUUACUGAUUUGGUGAAAGGUGUAAAGGAAAAUACAGAGGAAUCUAAAGGAAUAAAGGCCCAUUUUGAAAUGGAUGAUUCUGGAGUACUAAGGUUGCUCAAUGUUGAUUUCGUAAUCGAACGCAAAGUGGAAGAUGUAGAAGAAAGCACGCUCUCAAAACUUGGAAGCACGAUUAGCAAUCUAUUUUCAGGUAAAACUGAGAAACCAGAAACAGAAGAAGCAAAUGAGAAAGAAGUUCCAGGAACUGAAGAAACCAGUGCAGAUGAUAAAAAACUAAACAUUACAGUUACAAAUACCACUGCUAGCCAAGAAAAUGUAACGUCAACUGACACUGGUAAUAAAACGGAAUCUGCUGGAAAACCUAAAAUUGUUACAGUCAAAGAACCUGUAAAAAUGGUGAACACAUUGAAAUUGAAUCUUAUGACUGAUGAUGAUUUCCAAAAAUCUUACAAGAAAAUUGAAACUUUGAAUAAAUUAGAUGCUGAAAGGCAACACAGAGAAACAGCUUUGAACCAAUUGGAAAGUUUUGUUAUCGAAGCACAGUUGAGGAUGGAUCUUGAAGAAUAUACAGAGUGUGGCGUAGAAGAAGAAAUAGAAAAAAUUAAAACAAUGUGCUCUGAAGUCUCUGAUUGGAUUUAUGAUGAAGGUGUUGAUGCCACAGCAGAACAAUAUGAAGAUAAAUUGCAUGAAUUACAAAAAUUAACCUUAGGAAUUUAUGAAAAACAUUUUGAACACCACGAAAGGCCAGAAGCAGUGAAAGCUAUUCAUUCAAUGUUGAAUGGAUCCAGUAAUUUCCUAGCUACUGCCAAAAAUUUAACCAAAGAUGCCAAUCCAGAUAAAGAUGUAUUUACAAAAGUUGAAAUUGAAACUCUAGAAAAAAUCAUAAACGAAACAACAGAAUGGUUGGAACAAAUGAUUAAGGAGCAAGAUGAAACUAAGAAAAAUGAACCAGUUAAAUUAACCAUCAAAGCUCUUACAGACAAAAUGGCAGCUUUAGAUAGAGAAGUCAAGUAUUUAGUUAACAAAAUUAAAAUAUGGAAACCAAAAACCACAGAGAAGCCAAGAACAGCUAACGAUAGUGAAACUGUUAAAAACCCAGAAGACAUAAAGCCAAUUGUAGAAGAACCAGAAAAUGAUACAAAACCUAAUGACGAUGAAGAUAUUUUACCAUCUGAAUUUAGUGAGGAUCAAUCAGAUAACGAAAGUAAUAAAGAAAAUUUAGAAGAAACGUUAACGAAAGAUGAUAAAGAUGAUGACCAUUCAGAAUUAUAAUAAAAAAGAUAUUUAGGACUUUUUUAUUUAAAAUAAUGUUUUGUGUCAAUGUUUCAGUUAGAAUGAAUCAAGUGAUUUGCAAACUUAAUCUUUGUACAUAGCUGUCCGUAAACAA